UAACGUCACGUGCGCAGAGCCUCCUCCCGUAAAAUACGUACGUAGCCGUCCUUGAGAAAGCCACCACCUAAAGCAAGCUCCUGUCAACUAAAAGCCGGCUUUUAUCCGUUCAUUGUUCAAAGAAACGCGUCUGCCUCGUUUUUGCCCGUGCUGCCCGCCUAUUUCAUUCAUCCAUUCAUUAAUUGAUAUAGUGAUCUGAUCUCUUUGUUAUCCCUGCGGCCAGUUGCUGUCUUUAGCUGUGAACAGCAGCCUUCUAUCGGAGAGCUUGUGGCCCAAGGCUGCUUCUACUAAUAAUCUAUAUAGAACCUCGACGUCGAAUGUGAGCUGGACCAUAGCUCGGUGGAUCUACAAUAAUGGCAUCCAAACGAAAGGCUUCUGCCAUGAACGCGGCUGCGGCGGAAGAGCCAGUAGAUCCUUCAGAUGAACUCAUGUUUCUUUGUCUGGGAGGAGGAAACGAAGUGGGAAGGUCAUGUCAUAUUAUUCAAUACAAGGGAAAGACGGUCAUGCUUGAUGCCGGCCAACAUCCCGCAUACGAUGGACUCGCUGCACUGCCCUUUUACGACGAUUUCGAUCUUAGCACUGUCGACGUGCUUCUCAUCAGCCAUUUUCACAUCGACCAUGCAGCAUCGUUACCAUAUGUUCUCGCAAAGACGAACUUCAGGGGUCGUGUCUUUAUGACCCAUCCCACAAAGGCCAUCUACAAGUGGCUUAUUCAGGACAGUGUUCGAGUGGGCAAUACUUCAUCCAAUCCUACUACACAGCCAGUGUAUACUGAGCAAGACCAUCUAAACACAUUUCCUCAGAUCGAGGCCAUCGACUACCACACAACUCAUACUAUCUCCUCCAUCAGAAUCACCCCUUACCCUGCCGGCCAUGUUCUUGGUGCUGCCAUGUUCCUUAUCGAGAUUGCUGGCCUCAACAUCUUCUUCACAGGUGACUACUCUCGCGAACAAGAUCGACAUUUGGUCUCAGCAGAGGUUCCUAAGGGCGUCAAGAUUGAUGUUCUUAUCACUGAAUCCACCUACGGCAUUGCUUCUCAUGUCCCUCGCCUCGAGAGAGAACAGGCCCUUAUGAAGUCCAUCACAAGUAUCCUCAACCGAGGCGGCCGUGUCCUCAUGCCAGUCUUUGCCCUCGGACGAGCUCAGGAGCUACUCUUGAUUCUCGACGAGUACUGGGGCAAGCAUGCUGACUUCCAGAAGUACCCCAUCUACUAUGCCAGCAACCUUGCCAGGAAAUGUAUGCUCAUCUACCAGACCUACGUUGGUGCCAUGAACGACAAUAUCAAACGCUUGUUCCGUGAGCGAAUGGCCGAGGCAGAGGCGUCUGGCGAUGGAGCUGGUAAGGGUGGACCGUGGGACUUUAAGUACAUCCGCUCUCUCAAGAACUUGGACAGGUUCGACGAUGUUGGCGGUUGUGUUAUGCUUGCCAGUCCUGGUAUGCUUCAGAAUGGUGUCAGUCGUGAGCUACUAGAACGGUGGGCGCCCAGCGAGAAGAAUGGUGUGAUCAUCACGGGUUACAGUGUCGAAGGCACAAUGGCUAAGCAGAUCAUGCAAGAACCUGAUCAGAUCCAGGCAGUUAUGUCUCGUAGUAUGGCGGGCGCUCGUCGAAUGCCCGGAGGAGAUGGCGAGAAAGUCCUCAUUCCUCGAAGGUGUAGUGUCCAGGAAUACUCUUUCGCGGCUCACGUCGAUGGCGUUGAGAACCGUGAAUUUAUCGAAGAAGUUGCAGCUCCUGUCGUUAUUCUUGUUCAUGGCGAACAGCACAACAUGAUGCGCCUCAAAUCCAAACUCCUCUCUCUCAACGCAAACAAAACUGCAAAGGUCAAAGUCUACUCACCCCGCAACUGUGAAGAGCUUCGAAUCCCCUUCAAAGCCGACAAGACUGCCAAGGUUGUUGGAAAACUUGCGUCGAUCCAGCCUCCUCAGAGCAUUCAUCCUGAUCAAAGUGCUGCACCUCCUCUCGUUACUGGCGUGCUCGUCCAGAACGACUUCAAGCUUUCUCUCAUGGCGCCCGAGGAUCUCCGCGAGUACGCAGGCCUAAACACAACCACCAUCACCUGCAAGCAGCGUCUGACCCUCAGUGCUGCAGGUGUCGACCUCGUCAAGUGGGCCCUCGAGGGCACGUUUGGCAACAUCGAAGAACUCCCCGAGAUGCGCCGUGGAAAGAAUGGUCAAAGCAAUGGACAUGGCGAUCAUAUGAUUACGGAUGGCGAGGAAAUGAAGCAGGAGGAUGCUGAUGAAGAGGUUGCUAGCCUCGUUGCAGCUUACCUCGUCAUGGGAUGUGUCUCAGUCCGAUACCGCACAAACGGUGAGGUUGAGCUUGAGUGGGAGGGCAAUAUGCUCAACGACGGCAUCGCCGACUCCGUCAUGGCUGUUCUCUUCUCCGUGGAGAGUUCUCCUGCUGCUGUCAAGCGCUCCUCCGCUAAGCACUCACACUCGCACGAGCUACCCGAUGUGAACCCUCACCACUCUGCUUCCCCAGAGGAGCGCCUUGAGCGUCUUCUUUGGUUCCUCGAGGCUCAGUUCGGUCAAGACAACGUUGCCCCAGUCACGAUCCCCAAACUACCAGCCGUGGAGGACACCGAAGAGAAGAUCAAGAAGGACGAGGCCGAUGAUGCCAUGAAGACAGAGGAGGAUGGUGAGGAUACACAACUCCAGGAGAGACAACAGAAGGAGAUUGACAGGCUGCACAAGAUUGGUAUUCCUGUGCCAGGAGUGUCAAUCAAGGUGGAUAGGAUGAAUGCCACGGUUUGGUUGGAAGACCUCGAGGUUGAGUCUAACAAUAAGGUUUUUGCAGACAGGGUGAGGGCAGUGGUGGAGAGAGCUGUCGAGGUGACGGCACCUCUUUGGGGAUAACGAGGAUUUAGCUCUAGAAACGUUCACGGACAUGUACAACAAGGCUUGAUUCUAUUGUUAUGAGGGCUGGGAAUUAUGUGGGCAUUCUGUCUGAUUAUCAGACAGCUUGACUUCUAAGUCAGAAAACUUGGCAAAAGCCCAGAGUUUCUAAUGUUGCACUAUGCUACCUAUGAUACAAUAAAAAUACCACUGUCUACUGCUAUAAAAAAAGGCACCCUAUACGCGAACCCUUCCAAUUAACCCAAGUAAUCCUUGAGCUCUUCCG